AUGGCCCAGUUUUCAACCUUGUCCCUUGAAAUCACGGGUUUGUAUUCGGUAACAGACCUGGAUGGUAUUAUUUCUUCGGAGAUCCAGCCGGAUAGCUCAUUUCUGGCAGGGACCAGCAAGUCAGUUGACCAUCUUGUGACUUUACUCCAACAUAACGUACCUGCUCGACUUCGGCCGUCUCGAGUUAUUAAGGGAGGUUCGCUCGGCAAAGGAACGGCUGUAAAAGGCAAAUCAGAUAUUGACAUAACCCUGAUGGUGUCAGAAUACUCUAACGUACGCGAUCUUGUACAAGACAUGCCUCGUAUUCUUAGUGAACUAGAAGAGUCAUUGCAACAUGUCCCCGGAAUAUCAGUGGAUGGUAAAUCAAGGCAUGCCGUGCAGAUAUCGUUAGGCGGGUCGUCGGUGGAUAUUUUGCCUGCUGUUGAUGUUACAAGAACAGUCAUUUUGAACGAAGUAUAUCAGAAAAUGAUCGGACCGGAUGCGUACAUAAAGGAUUUUUAUUCGGCGUCAUUGGCCCCAUUACAAACUGAACUUGUCCGGGAUCUUCCAACAAAAGUGAAAAGUCUAAUCCGUCUCAUUAAAUACUGGAACAAGGAGAAAGUGAAGCCAACGAUACUGAGCGGAUGUCCAACGUCUUAUGUCUAUGAAGUUAUCAUAAUGGACAGAUGGGUGAAAGCUGGAAGACCUUAUUCGUUUGACAUGACGCGGGCGGCACACGACGUUCUGACCUCUCUUAAAAACAAUAGAGACUUCAAAGUAUUGACUACAGAGCUAGCGAAAUACGACAGAAGUAUAGCACAAAUAGGGCACAGCACCUAUAUAAUGGAUCCAUGUAACCCAACCAACGAUCUAUACAACAGUCGUAACUGGAACUGGGAUGGAGUUGCGUCUGAGGCGCAACGCUGGCUUAGUCAACAAAUGUUCCAGGGGGUCAGCGGAACUGCUGGACGUUGGUAACAAGCUGCACACUGUCGGACAGAGUUUACGUCAUUGUUUUAGAAGCCCUGUGAAUUACUCAGUUAUUACAACAAUCUUACAUUUAAUUACAUGCAGUUUAGUGCUCAAAAGUAGUUAAAAAUGUACAGCUGGAGUGCUUAAUUGAUUAGACAGACACUAAGUCUUAGAAUUGAUUUUUGUAAACAUUAAAUAAGCAUUAACACGUUUGUGAAACAAAUCAUUAUCUCUGAUUAUCGUUAUGCUAUAUAAGGCUUUUUAUGAUUAACUUUUAUUUUCAGUAUUAUUGUUGUUUUUUAUAUAUUUUUUUUAAAUAUAUUUUGCACACAAUAUAUUUCGAAUAUGGCGAGAAUAUGCUAUUUUUGCGCUAUUUAGCCAUCGACCAUAUUUCACAUGCAUGUGUAAAUUGUGAAGAGUGUCCGUACCUGAAUGCUGUGAUAGGCAUCCAUCCAAGUACAAAUGCGAUGGUUUUAUAAAACAUUAUUGUUGCUCGUACAAGCCUGUGUAGCCAAUGGUAUAAAACUGGUCAAGUUUUUGGUUUGGAGGUUAAAGUUAGCCAAGAUAUUUAUUGAUUGGUCAAUAUUGAUCUAUCUAAAAAAUAUUAAUAACCAAUGAGAUCAUAUAAAUGUGCAUACUAGCCUAGAUAACAUGUGGAAAACGUAUUAUAAUAGUGUUAUGCGAUUGACUGCAGUUGUUUGUCCAGUAGACAUUCAAAACGCUUCAGAAAAAUAAUGUUACGUAUCGAUAUAUUCUUCGAUUCAUUUUUAUCAAUUUCGAUUCAUUUCAAACUCUAACCCGCACUUUUUAUCGGCUCUUAUUUCCUGGUAAAAGGCCGGAGAGUUUCUGACAUCGAGGCCGUCUGUUUUAAGCAGUACACAUGACCGAUGCAUUCAUUUACGAUAACGGCUCAAUUAAGAGUUUGAUCAUUAUUUAAUAGUUUUGAUUUGAGAAUAAACUGAAAUGAAAUGAACGAAGUAUAAUUGUUUUGGGCGAAACUAUUCAAUAGUUUUGAUUUUACUUUUAUUUAUAAAUUGUGUACGAUGAUUUAUCUAAUGAACUGUUC